AUGGCCACCCCGGUAGCGGCCCCCGAAGACCAGAGCCGUCUCCUUGAGGAGGCAUUGGGAGUCGUGCGGCAACAGUCGCAGAUGAUGCGAAAGUGCUUGGAAACUCCGGGGAAAUUAAUGGAUGCGUUGAAAUGCGGGUCUACCUUGGUAUCCGAGCUACGAACCCCUAGCCUUGGCCCGAAGCAAUACUACGAACUGUACAUGGCCGUCUUUGAUGCCCUGCGACACCUCUCCGUCUACCUGAAAGAGAACCACCCAGUCAACCAUCUGGCGGAUUUGUACGAACUUGUUCAAUAUGCCGGAAACAUCAUUCCGCGACUCUAUCUCAUGAUCACCGUAGGAACGGUAUACAUGUCUGUGGAGGAUGCUCCGGUCAAAGAGAUUAUGAAGGAUAUGAUGGAGAUGAGUCGAGGUGUGCAGCAUCCCAUCCGCGGCCUGUUCCUGCGGUAUUAUCUGUCCGGACAGGCUAGAGACCACUUGCCGACGGGCUCUGGUGAUGGUCCGGAGGGCAAUUUGCAGGAUUCGAUCAGCUUCGUCUUGACAAACUUCGUCGAGAUGAACAAGCUGUGGGUGCGACUCCAGCACCAGGGCCCUUCGCGCGAGCGCGAGAAGCGGAUGCAGGAGCGCCGGGAACUGGAGCUGCUUGUUGGUAGCAACGUUGUGCGACUCAGCCAGUUGGUGGAUCUGGAGGGAUACAAAUCCGGUAUACUACAGGCACUGCUGGAGCAGGUCGUCCAGUGUCGUGAUGUUUUGGCGCAGGAGUAUCUCCUUGAAGUCAUCACCAAGGUGUUCCCCGAUGAGUUUCACUUGCACACCCUCGAUCUCCUGCUCUCCGCAAUUUCUCGACUCAACCCCCAUGUGGAUCUGAAGAAGAUUGUCAUUGGUUUGAUGGACCGCUUGUCGGCUUAUGCAGCUCGUGAGACCGAAUCGUCCGCCGAGCCCGAUGCAAGAAUUAAGAAGGAAGAGGAGGCUGUCACGAAGCUCCUUGGGAACCUCAAGGUAUCCGAAGAGACCAAGAAGCAAGCGCCGGAAGAAGCAACCCAGGAGAACGGCGUGGAGGAGGCCGCAACAGAUAAUGCUGAACAGGGUGAAGCUGCGACAGAAGGCGAAUCCACGGCCAAUGGCGACGACAAGGCUGGAAUCCCUGCAGAUGUCAAGCUGUACGACAUCUUCUAUGAGCAAGUGGUUAACCUGAUCAAGAGCCGCGGCCUCCCUAUUCAAGACACAAUGGCGCUCCUGGUUUCGCUUGUCAACCUGGCUCUUAACACCUACCCGGAUCGCCUAGAAUUUGUCGACCAGAUCCUCGACUUUGCAACUCGAGAGACUGCGACGUAUGCUGAUCACGCCGACCUGCACUCUGCCCCGACACAGCAGAACCUCUUGCAUCUCCUUACCGCACCUCUCCGUUCCUACGCCUCCAUAUUCACGGCUCUUGCACUGCCUCACUACAUCCCACUUCUGACUUCGCAAUCCUAUACGACCCGGCGAGCUGUCGCAGGCGAAAUCGCUCGCAGUCUUCUCAAGAACCGAACUUUCAUCACGACUACCGAGAACCUCGACCGCGUUCUGCAAGCCCUAAGGGUUUUGAUCAAGGAAGGCACUCAGCAGUCUAUGGGCUAUCCUGGCAUACAGUCUCAGCGGCGAGGUGAGACUGAUGAGACCAUCGAGGAACAAGGAUGGCUUGCACGCCUGGUCCAUCUGAUCCAGGCCAAGGACAAUGAUACCCAGUUGAAGUUACUCCAAGCAACUCGCAAGGCUUACCUCGACGGCAACGAGCGUAUCCGAUACACGACGCCAGCCCUGGUCACGAGUUCGAUCCGUCUGGCACGCAAACUCAAGGCCCGCGAGCACUACGAUGACAACUGGCAAUCUCAGUCCUCAGCCCUUUACCGGUUUAUGCACCAGUGUGUCAACAACCUCUACCAGCGUGUGAACCCUGGUUGCGCUGAUCUGUCCCUGCGCCUGUUUGUGAUGUGUGGAGAAGUGGCGGACCAAACGGGCUUCGAAGAGUUCAGCUACGAGUUCUUUGCGCAAGCCUUCACUAUCUACGAGGACUCCAUCAGCGACUCGCGUGCUCAGUUCCAGGCCGUCUGUAUCAUUGCGGGAGCACUCCACGGCACCCGCGGAUUUUCCAAGGAGAACUAUGAUACCCUCAUUACCAAGGCCGCUCUGCAUGGAAGCAAGCUGCUGAAGAAGCCCGACCAAUGUCGCGCUGUGUACCUAGCCAGUCACCUGUGGUGGGUUGUUGAGAACCCUCAACGUGGCGAGGAAGAUCCCAAGAACCUCUACCGCGACGGCAAGCGCGUCCUCGAGUGCCUUCAACGGGCCCUCCGCGUCGCAGACGCCUGCAUGGACACUGCCGUGUCCGUGGAGCUUUUCGUCGAGAUCCUCAACCGCUACGUCUACUACUUCGACCAACAGAACGAAACCGUCACGAUCAAAUACCUCAACGGCCUUAUCGAACUCAUCCACUCGAACCUCCAGACAGACGAAAACGAGCCCAACCCCAGCCUGGAGGGCCCGAAGCGACACUUCCAGCGCACACUGGAGUACAUCCGAUCCCGAGAUUUCGAAGGCGUAGUCACCGAUCCCAGACAGUGA